UCAUUUAAGUUUUAGACGUGGUAACGUCGUCAACUACAGUUUUGGUUUGGAAUUAAAUUAUUUGAAAAAAAAACAAACAUUAUUCUAAUAUAAUUUUUAACAUUAUUCAAAUACAAACACUUUGUGAAUAAAAGUGAUAUUUAAAAAAAGAGACAAAAUGAAAUUUUUGCAAGCGUCGCUUGUAUUAUUCGGCCUAAGCUUCAUAACAGCUUUGCCCACUAAGACCGAUGAGGAAACAUCUUACGCUAGCAAAGCUUCUCAAAUAAUUGCUACAAAUCUACUAAAAUCCUAUAAUGACAUUGAUGGCAAUCAAGUGCAUUCUCCACUCGGUGUCACCACUAUGUUGGCAAUUUUAGCUGAAGCUACACAAGGUGAUACCUAUGAUGAAUUCUACAAAGUUUUGGGUUAUCCAAAAGAACGUACCUCUCUGAGGAAUUCUUUUAAAACUAUACUAUCCAAAUAUCAAACUAAAAUAUUAGGCGCAGAACCUUCUUUUCAAACUUGGCUUUAUAUCUAUCGCAACUUUACGGCCAGAGAUGAGUUCAAGCAAUUAGUACGAGACAACUAUUAUGUAGAUGUUAAAGAUAUAAGUCGUGAUGAAUUUGAUGCCUUUGAACCAGAUCGUUUUAUAGAUUUGGAUGGUACUACCAGCAAUAGUAAAGAUGUAAUAGGUUUUGAGACAUUAAAACGUUUAAAGAUUGAUGAUGAUGACGAUGAUGAUACUCAUGGUUUGGGAUUCACAACUGUUGGUUCUUACACCGACAAUUAUGGUGAAGAAUUUAUAGAGAAAGAAACCUCUAAAUUUGAUCGUUUUGUUGAUGAUAAACAGUAUGUGGAAAAACCACAAAUAAUUGAAGAGAUUAAGAAAGAACAACAACAACAGCAGCAACCAGAAGAGGCACAAACUGAAAAUGAUCUUAAGGCCACUACAACAGCACAAAUAAAUAACGAAGAAGAAGAAACUAAACAGCCUGCACUUGAAUUGAAUGAAAAAAUAGAAAAUCUUGAUGAAAAACCAGUUGCUGAUGCCAGCAGCAUAACCAGCAACGAUGAUAAUAAUGUUGGUGUUCUUGAUUCUAAGGAUCAAACUAAACGUGAAGAUGACUUGAACUUAGAGGAAAAUGAAACUGUACAAGAAAAUGAAAAAGUCUUGAAAACUUAUAAAGAAGACGAAGAAACUGAUGCUGAAGCAACCGGCAAGUUAUUAAUACCCAUACAAGAAGUCUUAGAGUCCAAUGAACCUGAAAAGGUAACAUUGCCAUUGCAAAAACUGGAAACUGUUUUAGAUGAAGCCUCUAAAGGUUCACCAGCUGAAAUAAUGAUGGCUUUAGAGACGCAUGUCAGUUCAGCCCGAAGUGCUUUUAGUGGUCGUAGUCUUUUCCGCAGAGAUGACAUAACUUCUGCUCUAAGUGCUAAUUCUAUUACUGGCCGUGAUAUUGGCUCCAAAACAAAAAUGUUACUUUUUAAUGGCCUUUACUUUAGAGGCAAUUGGGCUACUGAAUUCAAGGAAGAACGUGAGGUGGAUGAAUUCUUCUUUAUGACCUCAGAAGAUGCCAUGAAAACUCCUAUGAUGCAUGCUCGCGGUAAAUUCUACGUGGCUGAUAUGGAUAAUUUAAAUGCCAAAAUUGUGUGUCUUCCAUAUGAGAAUCAAAAAUAUAGCUUAAUGAUCGUCCUACCCAACGAUCUGGAGGGUCUGCACUCGGUCAUUUCCAAACUGGAACCCAGUGACUUAAAAAUGGCCAAACAUCAAAUGAAAGAACAAGAACUACACAUUGUUUUACCCAAAUUCCAAAUAGAAGAAACCUCUCGUUCCGAAUCUAUGCUAAAGAGUCUAGGAUUAACAAAACUCUUCUCACGCAAUGAUGCUGACUUAAGCCUACUCUCCGAAGAUCGUGAUUUACAUGUUGAUGAAAUUGUACAAUUCGUUAAUGUUAGAAUCGAUGAGGGAGGCAGUUCGAAUAUUGCUCUCUCCGCCUCUAAUACUCAAGCAAGAGAUAAUGAAUCAUUGGAGAAAAUUGAAAUUAAUCAUCCAUUUGCCUAUUUCGUAAUGGACUGUGAGAAGGAUUUCGUUUUGGUAUCGGGUAAAGUACAUGCACCCGAAGUGCAGGAUGAAUUACCGCUGAGCAUUGAAGUGGAAUUUGAAAAGGCGUAGAUAUUUAAGUUAAAUUUAAUAAUAAACAAUGAAAUUCUCAAGACUUGUUUGUAACAAUCAUAUUUUAGGCAAUUCAUGGUCAACAAAUUAACAAUUGUAGGUUUACUAUUUUCUAUGUAUUCUAAAUAAAUAAGUGUAACGAAAUUAAACUUUUUUAUACAAAAAAAAAAAAAACAUUA